AUGCAAGCCAGUUCCAGCCACCACUGUGUUUAUGGAACUCUCAUCGUUAGCUUCCUCAAUAACAGCGUUUGGGGCCAGUGGCUAAAAUUGGAGAGAUUACACCUUAAGUUAGUCAAGAAAUAUAACACCAAAAACGACCUGGAGUUGGGCUGGGAGUCCGGGGGCAAUGGAGAGGGAGGGGAAUGGGCAGAGGUGCAGCAGGAAUCUCCCGGGGCCUGGCCGGGCCGGUCGGGCUGGGGAUGCCGUGGAGGGGAGGGAGGGGCGGCGCCCGACUGGGCUUCCAGGCUCCCUCACCUCGCCCUGGCGGCGCGCCCCGCGGGGAGUUGCGGGGAGGGGAGCAGGAUCCGCAGGCCUUGGGACUCAGGAACCGCCCUCUCUGGGUCGAGGGUCGGCGGCGAGCGGCUACGACGGCUGGAACCGCAGUGGCACUAUGAGAGCGGCCGCCGCUGCUCCACGCCUGCGGACGCGUGGCCGGCGGCGGCGGCUGUGUCUGCGCGCGCCAUGGGGGCGCCGUGGGGCCCGGCGGCCGGCCAGCGGCGCAUGCGGCGCGGAGCGAGGGGGCUGCCACGGACCGCCUCGGCGCUGGCGGCCGCCGGCCUGGUGUGCACGGCUCUGGUCGCCUACUCCUGCUGGGGGCAGCUGCCGCCGCUGCCCUGGACCUCCAACGCCCCGCCGCGGCCGGUGGGCGUGCUGCUGUGGUGGGAGCCCUUCGCCGGGCGCGAUAGCGCCAGGAGGCCGCCCCCGGACUGCUGGCUGCGCUUCAACAUCCCCGGCUGCCGCCUGCUCACCGACCGUACAGCCUACGCGGAAGCCCAGGCAGUGCUUUUCCACCACCGAGACCUCGUGAAGGGACCUCUGGACUGGCCCCCGCCCUGGGGCGCCCGGAUGCGCACCGCCCAAGAGCUGGAGCUGCGCGUAUUGGACCACAAGGAGGAAGCGGCGGCGGUAGCUGCGGAAGCCCACGGGGUCUCGGGCCACAGACCCCCGGGCCAGCGCUGGGUGUGGAUGAACUUCGAGUCGCCCUCCCACUCCCCGGGGCUGCGAAGCCUGGCAGGUAACCUUUUCAACUGGACGCUUUCCUACCGGGCUGACUCAGAUGUCUUUGUGCCUUACGGCUACCUCUACCCCAGGACGCAUCCCAGCGACCAGCCACCAGGCCUGGUGCCCCCGCUGGCUCGGAAACGGGGGCUGGUGGCCUGGGUGGUAAGCAAUUGGGAUGAGCGCCAGGCCCGGGUCCGCUACUACCACCAGCUGAGCCAGCACGUGUCUGUGGACGUGUUCGGCAAGGGUGGAACCCGGCGUCCAGUGCCUGACAUUGGGCUUUUGCACACGGUUGCCCGCUACAAGUUCUACCUGGCCUUUGAAAACUCGCAGCAUCUGGACUAUAUCACGGAGAAGCUCUGGCGCAACUCGUUGUUGGCUGGGACUGUACCUGUGGUGCUGGGCCCCAACCGUGCCAAUUAUGAACGCUUUGUGCCCCGCGGUGCCUUCAUUCAUGUGGACGACUUCCCUAGUGCCUCUUCCCUGGCCGCCUACCUGCACUUCCUCGACCGAAAUCCAGCUGCCUAUCGCCGUUACUUCAGUUGGCGCCGGAGCUAUGCGGUGCACAUCACCUCCUUCUGGGACGAGCCCUGGUGCCUGGCCUGCCAGGCCGUGCAGAGGGCUGGGGACCGGCCCCAAAGCAUGCGCAACUUGGCUCGUUGGUUUGAGCGGUGAAGCUACUCUCCCCUGGUAUAACCCAGGGAGGUCAAGUCAUCUGCUUUUUGAUCCUCUGCUGUGCAUUUCCUUGAAUGCCCAAUCAUGGGACUAAGGUUUUACUUAUGGGAAAAAAGGUGAUUUGCAAUGUUAUUCAGCACAAAGGCUGGUCCCGGUUCCGUUUUUUGUUUAUUGUUUUUAAUGCUUUUGUUUUUGUUUUUUGCAAAAGUAGGAGUUAGGCUCUCUGCUGUUGAUGGGCAUCAGUGUUCAGGAGUGAAGAGGGCCCUUCCUCACCUUGUAACUAACCAGUGUAGAGGUGAAGAAAUAGUUUAACUACAAGAAGCCAUUGAGUCAGUUGCUCUGAAUUUCCUUAUCUGCCAUGGGCCAUAUUUGUGGCCUGUGCUGAGUCCAGACUUCUUACACAGUGCUCCUCAUUUCACAUGCCACUGGACCAGUGUAGGAUAGUAGGACUGUGGCCACAAGGAGGGCUUUUUCUUUGUUGGUUGAAUUCCUCAAGGCCUAAGAAAGGUGAGGGUCGUCCAAGAAUCUGAUGACUGUUUCUUAACAAGUACUGUUUGUUCCCCUGCCCAUAAAUGGAAACAAGAUUCUCAAUUGUCCUUGGAGAAGAGUUAAGGGGAAUAUAUACGUGUUCCUCUCUUUACACAAAUGUAUUCCUGAAGAGCUGCUUUUCUUUCUUAUUUUAAAUACUAAUCUGAGGAUAUGUUUUUUUUUGUUGUUGUUGUUGUUGUUUGGUUUUUUUUAGAGAGGAAGGGAGAGAGAA